AAUUUGAAGGAUAAUAAAUAAAAUACAAGUAGACAAGUAUUAUUAUUAUCAAAUUUAUUCUACCUUCCAAAUCCAAACAAACCCUGCCUUAUCUCCGCUCCUUCCAUCUCCGCCGUACCAUGUCGGAAGCACCGUCUCAGCCACCGCCUCCAACCGCCGAAGCGCCGCCGCAGCCAUACUGGUGCUACCACUGCGAGAAGCGCGUCUCCGUCGAAACGCUCGCCAAUCUCCCCGACGUCGUCUGCGGCGAGUGCAAGAACGGCUUCGUCGAAUCCAUCCCAACGCCCUCUCGCUCUCGCUCCCCUUCCUCCUCCUCCGAGGACCCCUACCUCGGCUCCCAGUUCCUCCAGGUCCUUCGCCUAAUCGCGCAAUCCGCGCGUGACGACGACGCCUCGCCUCCGCCGCCGCCCACGCGCUCUCCGGAGACCGAUUUCCUCAGGAUCGAGCUCGGCGGCUGGGACAACGACGACGAAAACGACAACGACAACGACGACGACGACGACAACGACGACGCCGGCGCCGAGUUCGAGGAGCACGAGGAGUCGGAGGAGCGCUCCGGCAACGACGAUCCGCACGGAGACGACGAGGAUCUGAGGCGGAGGAGGCGCGAGCUGCUUCGCCUUCGGAUUAGGGAUUUGGCGACGCGCACGAGGAGCAUGCGCAACCGGAUCUUGGAUUGGGCCGAGAUUCUGAUGGGCCUGGAGGACAAUUCCAUCGAGUUCCGCCUCCAGGUGCCGGAAUCCGACCGCUACGUCGGGAAUCCGGAGGAUUACGUCGACGCUGCGGAGUACGAGGCGCUGCUGCAGACACUGGCGGAGAGCGACGGCGGAGGGAGGAGAGGAGCGCCGCCGGCGUCGAAGUCGGCGGUGGAGGCGUUGCCGACGGUGAAGAUUGAAAGUGAAGGCGUGGUGUGCGCUGUGUGCAAGGAUUUGCUCGGCGUUGGAGACGCGGCGAAGAGAUUACCGUGCGGGCAUGAGUAUCACGGAGAUUGCAUUGUUCCUUGGUUGAGUUCUAGAAAUUCUUGCCCUGUUUGCAGGUUUGAGCUACCAACGGAUGAUAGGGAGUACGAGGAAGAGAGAGUGGUUAACUCUGCUUCUUCCAAUUCUAACGGAGCUUCGAGUUCGGGUGGUGGUGGUGGUGGUGGUGGUGGUGGAACUCACAUUGUUUGAUUCCACUUGGUAUGUUCCGUUCUGCUCUGUUCUGCCAUUUGUGUAAUAUAUUUCGUGGUUUCUGAAUUUCUUUUUUGGCAUUAGUGGAUUUUCCUCAAAGCUUGCGCCAUGUUGUUAUUUAUUUAUGUAGUCGGCUUCUUAGCUCUCGGAUGCUAAGAUACUUGUAUAUAUCAUUUGAAUCAAUGUGAUCAUAUCACACUACCUCAAUGGAAUUUGCACUUUCUCCCUGUUA